CUGAUUAGUCAACUUGCUCUCAUUGCACUUUUUAAUCUUUCUGCCGGAAGUUUUUUCUUCUUUCUAUCUCAGGACGUUGAAAAAUCGAAGUUCAUUCCACCAUCUAGACCUGUGAUUACUAUUGACGUUCCUGCCAUCACUCACAAAACUACAGACGGCGAAUUUUUGCUAUUUUUUCAGGUAUUGUCUACAUUUGUGCCAUCGAUUGAACGCAGUCGUGUACCUGAAAUGCUAUUUCAAAUAUACCAAGGACAUCCAAUAGCACUCUAUUCGUUCUUUUUUAGUCUCGUUGCGUUAUUUAUCACCGUGAUAUGGUUCUGCGGCAAACAGGUGAGGAAAUUUAGGAAAUCUGUGGUACCAGACGGUUGGAUGAGUGUUGGGAAACUACUAUAUAACCCAUCGGAAAUACUCGGUCGUGGCUGUGAGGGCACUGUUGUAUAUAGGGGGAAAUUUGAUGGCCGCGAUGUGGCUGUAAAACGUGUGAUCUCGGAAUUCGUGAAACUUGUUGAUCGAGAAGCUGAUCUUCUCCGUGAGAGCGAUACACAUCCACACGUUAUUCGGUACUUUUGCAUGGAGUCGGAUAGUCAGUUCCGUUAUCUGGCUUUGGAAUUGUGCUUGGCAUCUCUUAACGACUACGUACAUGAAGAAACCCUCCUUCGACAAGCGACUGAAGGUCUGGCCCACCUGCAUGUUAUGCAGAUAGUCCAUCGAGAUAUGAAGCCGCAGAAUGUUUUGUUGUCUACGGCAGGAGCUCGUGGUGUUCGUGCAGUUAUUUCCGAUUUUGGACUUUGUAAACGAGUUCAGCCGGGUCGCCAUUCUCUUUCAAGAAGAAGUGGACUUGCGGGUACCGAUGGUUGGAUCGCGCCUGAAAUGUUAACUUCCGAAAGUACAAGCUUCCCAGUUGAUAUCUUUUCACUCGGCUGUAUUUUCUACUAUGUACUAUCAGAUGGAAAUCAUCCAUUUGGGGAUAGUUUGCACCGCCAAACAAACAUUGUUAACGGACAGUACGCCUUUAGCGAUGUUCCUGUUGCAACAGCAUUGAUCGAGAGCAUGAUCCAGAGAGUACCGGAGACUCGACCAUCCAUUCACUGCGUGUUAGCUCAUCCCUUUUUUUGGGAAGGUGAACGACGACUACAGUUCUUUGGGGACGUUUCUGAUAGAAUUGAAAAAGAAGAGGACUCAAGCACUAUUGUUCGAAGAUUGGAGGGUAAUGCUCUUGCUGUCAUUGGAGGGAACUGGAGGAACAGCAUUUGUGAUCCUCUGGCAACAGAUUUGAGAAAAUUUCGAACAUAUAAAGGACAUUCAGUUAGAGAUCUUUUGCGCGCAAUGCGCAAUAAAAAACAUCAUUAUCGGGAACUUCCCGAGAACGUUCAAGAUUCUUUGGGUCGCAUUCCAGACCAAUUCGUUCUAUAUUUCACAACACGCUUUCCCUUGUUACUACUUCAUACAUAUAAAGCGGUGGAAUGGUGUGCAGAUGAAGACGUUUUCAAGAGUUAUUAUCCGGAUGAGGUUCGGGCUCUUAUAAAAAAUCUGAAAGAGAACGAUGAAUUGCAAAGGAAGGUAGCAUCUGAAAAUUCGUCGUCGGCGACAUGGGUUCGAGGCCAGCUAGUUGUGAACGCAUCGCCAACAGACAUUAAUGGCUAA